UUAUGUUCGUCUGUUGAGGAAUGAGGAGUUGGAGGUAAAAGUUUGCAUUCCUUCAGAUUUUGAAUAAUUAUUAAGUUAGUCUAGAUUUGUGACUGAGUUAUUUUACUUUUUAUUUCUGAAUAGUUGUAUAGGCUAUUUACUAUUAUGUCCGGAAAACCUAGAUUGGGAGAGUUAUUUCCAGACUUCUCUGCGGAAACAACAGUUGGAAAGAUAAACUUCCACGAAUGGUUAGGAAACUCAUGGGGUAUAUUAUUUUCCCACCCAGCAGACUACACGCCCGUGUGCACUACAGAGCUUGGGAAGGCUGCUCGACUCGUUCCACAGUUCCAAAAAAGAAAUGUCAAAGUUAUUGCUUUGUCUUGCAACAGUGUUAACUCACACAAAGGUUGGAUUGAGGAUAUUAAGAGCUACUCGAUGAUUCAAGGAGAUGCUUUUCCAUACCCGAUCAUUGACGACGAAAGCAGAGACCUGGCUGUCCGGUUUGACAUGAUAGAUCCUGCAGAGAAGGACAAGGAUGGGCUGCCGUUGACUUGCCGAGCAGUCUUCAUCAUAGAUCCCAACAAGGUGUUGAGGCUUUACUUCAUGUAUCCAGCAACAACUGGCAGAAACUUUGAUGAAAUUCUGCGUGUUCUGGAUUCUCUUCAACUGACAGACAAGUACAAAGUGGCCACCCCGGCAGACUGGAAGCAAGGGCAAGAAGUUAUGGUGUUGCCCACAGUAAGUGAAGAAGAAGCCAAAUCGUUGUUUCCGAAUGGAAUUUCAACAGUUUUAGUCCCUUCAGGAAAGAAAUAUCUCCGGGAAACACCACAGCCAGUGGAGUAAGAAGUCUUUUUCUUCAGUGAUCUCAGCAUUUAUAAUUAUUGAAUAUUAUUCUUAAAUUCCAUUUUACAAUGGAUAAAGUCUUACGACUCUUGUUUUUUUGCAACUACUCUGUUUAGUUUCAGGAGUUUAUUUUCAUUAAGUGAAAUUUUUUUAAAUUUUUCCUUAAAACCUUAAAACAAAGUUGUACUGUGUUACCUACUAAGGAAGAAGUAAGUGCCUACCAUUUGUAUGUUUAAGAUACUUGUUUGUAAUAAAUAUGUUAUUUAUGUAAAUUAAUAAAA